AUGUCAUCAGCACAGUGCUUUUGGUUUAUUUUUCUAUUGCAAGCAAUCGAGUAUUCCAAACCGUGUGCCGAUAUAAUUUUUGUUCUGGAUGGUUCUGGAAGUGUCAAACAACAAUUCAAGCAAAUGACUAAUAUGGCCAGUGAUAUAGCAAAACAGUUUGAUAUCGAUAAAAAAGAACAUCGGAUAGCGAUUUUGGAAUUUAGUAGCAAAACAAUCCUCUCCAAAUGGUUACGAUAUCCUUUCGACCGAAUUAAGACAAACAAUGAUAUGGAAAAAGUGAUCCAGAACUUACCUCACAUUCAUGGAACAACAGAUACGGGGCGAGCUCUCGGUAUCGUACUUCAAGAGUUUUUCCCUCAACACCGACCUGGCUUGUUACUACUAGUAUUUAUAAUCACUGAUGGCUACUACAGAGAUUCUGAAGAAGUGAAGCAAAACGUUGCAAAUCUCGUUGCUAAACCAAAUGUUCAACUGUUUGUUGCAACUGCUUCAAGGCUGCAUAACAUACAAGGCUUAUUACUUCUUGUUAACAAUGACACAUCACAUAUUAUAAUAAAUACAAAUUUCCUAAAUAACUCCCGGAAUAUUCUGAGACCGUAUAGUGAGUGCUUUGGUUUGAAAAGUUCCUUCAUUAAAAAAAACGUAACUUCAUUAGCGACAGCUAUCACCAAACAUCGAAUAAAUGGGCAAAGAAAUGUUCCCAAAACUAAAAAACAUUUUCAAGAUUUGAGACCGAAAGGUGAUACCCUUUCUGAAUUUGCUUUUCGACCAAUUCAUUUCGUUAGUGCAUCUUCUGUCAGAACUGCUAAUGUUUCUUCUUCAGCAGUAAUGUCUACUACAUCAACUAAAGAUGUAGUCAAUAUCAAACCAGGAUGUUUAUUUGACGUUGUAUUUUUGAUGGAUUUUUCUGGCGGAGUGUCAGAUAAGCGCGAUAUUUACAUUGAUUAUGUAUCAAUUCUCAUCAGAUCCUUAGACCUUAACCGAACAGCUGUACAUGUGGCAGCAAUAUAUUAUUCCGGUCCCAAACGAGCACGUACUCUUUUUCAUUUACGUAAACAUAGCAGGGCAGAAAAUGCCAUCAAAGAUUUGCAACGAGCACCAUCAAAUGGUGGUACAACACGUACUGGUGAAGCUAUUUAUUACGCAACCAAUGAAUUUAAUGAGAAAUUUGGUGCAAGGAAAGAUGCUAGGAAAAUGAUAAUUAUUUUCACAGAUGGACAUUCACAGGAUAAUCCAACUGAAGCAAGUCGAACAGCCCGUAAUAAAGGCAUAGAGCUGAAAGCAGUAUCUAUAGAGGAUGAGAAUAUACCGCCUGACACGAACCAAAUUAUUGCCAUCACUGGAGAUCCAUCAGACGCUUAUUCCUCCAAAAACUUCAACAAACUUCAAUCUUUUUUUGACGAGUAUUCUCGACGAUGUAAAUUGUAG